ACAGAAUUGAAGAACCAUAGACUUGAAGGUCACCUGAAGGACGGAACCAUGCCGCAGGGAAAGACGCCCCUCCUGCCCUUGAUCCGUGACCUUGCCAACAACAUCUCGCAGCAGGACCUGAAGAAGAUGAAACUCGGCUGCACGAACCACCUCUCAAGAAAGGCGCUCAACGGCAUCAAGACGUCUCGAGAACUCUUCAAGACGCUGGUGGACAAAGGUUACUUUAACCAGAACAACGUGACCUUCCUGAAGCGCGUGCUGAGGGAUGCUGGGAAGGGCGACCUUGUGUCGUAUGUGGAGAAAUACGAGGAAGGUCGCGAGACGCUACUGCCCAGGGACAAGGUCGUGGAGCUCAAGGUCACAGGUUAUGAACCAAUCACGGUGCAGCUGGCUCAUCCGACCUCUCACCUCUCCACCGGCACCAUGGAGAUGGUGAGGGGAACUCUGGGUAAUCUCCUAGCAACAGCCACGCCCACUGCAGACGUUUUUUACCGGAGCUGGGCGGCCGUGGAGCGAAGAGUGGAGAUCACGUUCAUGGUGCCGAACGCGUUGGCACGGCAACUGGAGUCCGAGGCAGCCAACCGGCGAGACUGUCUCGCGCUAACGGGCAUCAUGGCCGUCCAGCGCGAAAACUGCGCCGACACCACGCUACUACUCCCACCAAUCACAGCCCCCCCUCGAGCAGCCUCAGUGGAGGUGCCCCACAGGCUCUACCCACCUGUCCCCCCCACGAGCAGCCUCAGUGGAGGUGCCCCACAGGCUCUACCCACCAUUGGACCAACCAGAGGCCCUGCAGCGGCUCAACCUCAUCACUCCUGA